GCUCUUUCUAACCUCUCUCUUUCCUUUACUUAAACCAUCAUUGCCUUAGCGGGCAAGUACAAAAGUACUCUCAGAUUGUUUUACAGUCCUUUCCAGAUUGCCCUUGUUCUCUAACAGAGAAAAAAAAAAUGCCGCAAGCUUCCAAGGUUAUCGAGAAGGGGCCGUUGGCCUCAACAGACGCAAAAUGGAUAAAGCUUAGCAAGAUCACGUAUACGGACCCAUUGGGAGUGCAGCGGACAUGGGAGACUGCUGAGAGGACGACGCGUCCCAAAAACAGCCUGAUUGACGGUGUUGGCAUUGUAGCUAUCCUCAACAAGCGCCAUGGCCCAGAAAUUCUUUUGCAAAAACAAUACAGACCCCCAAUCGACAAGGUCGCCAUCGAAGUCCCCGCCGGUUUGAUCGACGAGGGAGAAACGCCCGAGCAAUGCGCCGUACGAGAACUCAAAGAAGAGACUGGAUAUGUAGGAGUUGCAGAGCAGACGAGCACAGUAAUGUACAAUGACCCCGGAUUCUGUAAUACAAAUCUGAAUAUGGUCCAUGUUCGAGUCGACAUGAGCCUCCCAGAAAACCAGAGCCCAAAACCAGAACUCGAAGAUAAUGAGUUCAUUGAAUGUUUCACUGUCCCUCUUUCUGGACUUUUCGCCGAGCUGAAGAAGCUGGAAAGUCAAGGCUACGCUAUCGAUGCGCGGGUUGGGACAUUGGCCGAGGGAAUUGAGCUGGCCAGCACACUCAAACUUCAGGCGUAAUUCGGCAAAUCGACAUUCUGUAUACGAUAAACAUGAAAAUUAAAUAUGAAAUUAUUGUUAUCAUUAUUUCUCAGUAAUGGACGGUAGCUAGUGCGGG